GGAGUCCCCGGCUGGGGGUCUCGUCGCUGCACCCGCUCGGCGGGCCAGGCCAGGCCCGCCCCAGUCCCUUCCUCCGCGGCGCUACCGGCCCCGCUGACUGGCCUCUUCUUCUUCCGCGGCCCGGAGGCGGGGAUCCUCCACGCGGCCCUGCCUGCUUGCCUGCCUGCCUCUCCAGCGCUCCAAUGUCGGAGGAGGCGGGCGCCGGGCCGGAGGGGUCGAGCUCGGGACUCUGCUGGGCCUCGCUGAUCUCCUGCUUCAGCCUGGCCUGUUCCUACGUGGGUAGCCUCUAUGUCUGGAAGAGCCACCUGCCCAGGGACCACCCUGCUGUCAUCAAACGUCGAUUCACCAGCGUCCUCAUUGUGUCCUGCCUGUCGCCAUUCUUCAUUUGGGUCUGGAAAGAGGUGACGGGUAUUAAGCCAGGUACAUCCCUUCUUGCCCUGAUGGGCUUUCGGCUUGAGGGCAUCAUACCAGCAAUGCUGCUGCCUUUGUUGCUAACCAUGGUCUUAUUUCUUGGCCCCCUCAUCCAGCUGUCUAUGGAUUGCCCUUGGGAUCUGGUGGAUGGUUUAAAGGUUGCAUUUGACUCCCACUUCUGGGUGCUCUGUCUGACCGACAUGCGCUGGCUCCGCAACCAGGUCAUCGCACCACUUACAGAGGAGCUGGUGUUCCGUGCCUGCAUGUUGCCCAUGCUCGUCCCCUGCACAGGAUUGGGACCUGCUAUCUUCACCUGCCCACUCUUCUUUGGAGUCGCUCACUUUCACCAUGUGAUUGAGCAGCUGCGGUUUCGCCAGGGAAGCACAGCUAGCAUCUUCCUCUCAGCAGUGUUCCAGUUCUCCUACACAGCAGUUUUUGGAGCAUACACAGCCUUCAUCUUCAUCAGGACAGGGCACCUCGUUGGGCCUGUCCUCUGCCAUUCUUUCUGCAAUUACGUUGGAUUCCCUGCUGUGGGUGCAGCACUGGAGCAUCCACAGCGCCUACUGGUGGUGUUCUUCUAUUUGUUGGGUGUGGUCCUCUUCCUCCUCCUCUUGCACCCCAUGACGGAUCCAGCCUUCUUUGGACACCUCCCCAUCUGCUCCCUGUCCAGGUUGACCUCUGCCACCAACAGUAUCAGCAGCUUAUCUCUCUGUUCUUGACACCAGCAGAGAACUUUUCUCAACCUCGCCCUUGCACACGGUGGCAUAUGGCUACACCGCAAACUUAAAAACGGGUUUUCAAAUGGCUUUCUUGGCAUAGCUGCCCGCUGCAUGCUGGGAGCUUUAGCUGGGGGAGGGUGCCAAGUGCUAGAGCCCACCUCCCAUAGCUCUAGCAUCUCAUUCUGGGAGAAGCCGUUGGUUAAGCCGGAUUACAGUUGAUGUGCAGCUGUGCCGGCAUUCUUGCACACCUCUGCCCUUGAGCCAGCCAGCCCUUUUUAUAGAUCCCUGGGGUCUUUUCCUCCCAGCCCCAAAGAGCUCUAUUUUUAUUAUUAAAAGUACUUUAAUGAG